AUGGCUCAACCAGGACAGGACAUCUUCCAACUCCGCCCCGACGCGAACCGCGAGCGCAUACGCCAACUCGAGGAGAUUCGCGCCCGCCGUCGCGAGGCCGAGGAACGGCAUGAGACCGCCAUCGCCGCCUCCGACCGCGAUGCGGAGCUGCUGGCCCAGACCGACAUCGACCUUGUCGACCAGGAGGAACAGGCGUUGAUCCGCGAGAUCCAGAACGCUGGAGGCCAAGUCCCCCCCCGCCCCAACGUUCCUCCCAACCCGCCGCCCAACGUUCCUCCCAUCCCGCCGCCCGGUCCCAUUCCCCCCAUUCCGCCCCCAGGCGGCCCGCCGAGGGGCGAUGACGACCAGGCGUACCAGUUCCUGUACGAGAAUCAGGUGAACACGCAGCGCUCCGUUACCGCCCUCUCGACACAGUUUCAGGCCUUCAUCACUGAGUUCCGACAGGGACAGAAGCGCCCUCGAGAUGAAGGUGAGUUCGACGACGCCCUCCCCUCCAUCCAAGCCCAAUUCGCAUACCUGGACGAGAAGCACCUCGACGCCGCGCUGGCAGGAAAGCUUGCCCCCGAUCUGCUCGUCCAUCUGGUCGCACCGACGCACUCAUUCUACAAGGAGGUGCCUGACGACAAUACCGUCGCGAUUCUCGCAGAUGGCGCAGAUUCACUCCGCACGGUCCGCCCCAAGAAAUCUGAGCCUGACGUGGUCAAACGGAUUAUGGCGUCCAUCCCAGCCUUCUCUGUCUUCGCAGUCGCGUGGGGCAACCUGACUUCCAUCAUGUGCCAUGGCCUCACCGACGACCCCGCACGGGCCGUCCGCCUCCAGCGCGCCAUGCACACGUACUGCGAGUGGCUAGGCGACUGCUCGGCCACCUUCACUUGGGAGUCCGUGGUCCGCUACCACGUCCGCUUCACCACGCCCCUCUUCGCGGUUGGCGCCUCCCGGCCCGAAGUCUGGGUGACAGAGGGCAACCCCCGCCUCCUCACGGGGCUCGAGCGCCGCAGCGCUGCGACGCCCCGCGCCCGCACCAAGACCUCCACCGCCCGCGCUGCCGCCGCGACGACAAAGGACAAGGCACCCGUCGGCUGCCUCAGGUGGAACUGGGGCGAGUGCAAAGCAGUCAAGUGCAACUACGCGCAUGAAGCCUAUGGGACGAUGGCACAGCCUCACACAGCCAAGCGUGUGCGCUUCUCGCCCGCGACACCCGCCGCUGUCGUCCCCACCUCGCCGGCCCGGACAUACACAGCCCGGGACAGCCCGGCGGCCUCUCUUCAUAGCUCCCGGUCUCGUGCGAUGCAUUCCCCGCCUCCUGCUCCAUCGCCCACCAAUGCUACACCGGGAGCUAAGAGGGUCCCGUUUUCGCUGGCCGCUCGCCUCGUGCCUCAGCCGGUGGCGCCGCUGCGCUCGAGGCUUCAGCCCCCGCCGCCGGGCCCGACGUUGUCGGAGCGCAUUGCGCACGGACCGCCGUCCUCGGGGUCGACAGCUCCCACGCCUUCUGCGCGUAGUAGUGUGCUGGCGCCUCUGCCCCCCGUGUCCCCGGUCUCUGCCCGGGUGCCCCGGGUGUCAAGCCCAGCCACACCUACUGCCUCGUUAGGUGUGUCAGCGCCUGUCGCACCCUCACCUGCUCCGCUUGAGCUCGAGGACCGCAGUUCCCCCGCCCCUGUGCCCGACACCGUGUCGCCGUUCUGGGACCCGGCCGCCCUGCCUAUCUCCCUCUCCUCAGACGACGAAUACGAGGACGUGGGCGAACCCGCCUCGGACUCCUCCGAUGAGGUCAUCCUGCUGAGCGGCCCGCCAACCCCCAGGGGCCCGCCCUCCGCCGCGGGAUCGUCCGACGGCGACGACGAGGCCACCCCCGCAGCCAGCCUGCUCGUCGGCGGCACGGCGGGCAAGGUCAUCACGCUUCGCGGUGCGCAGCCUGCGCCGCCCGUUCCCGGACCCCCCUUCUCCUGUCCUCGAUGCUCGAAGUCCUGCCAAUCCCGUGCUGGCUACCUGUCGCACUACCAAAAGCACCUCGACCCCCUCGUCGAGUGCUCCAAUUGCGGCAAGAAAGGCUGGCACACCGGCAGCAUGAUUCGCCACUGCCGCACGUGUUUCCGCCAGUCCCUCCCGCCGGAUGGGGACGAGCCGGGCCCGGCGGAGGGCGAGGCGCAGACCGGUGCGCUCAUCGACGAACAGAUCAUCAGCUUGGGACCCCCUCGACCCGCUCCACGGACCCGCGGUCCCCCGUUCGAGUGCCCACAUGAUGGGUGCACGCGCACGCUCCAGACCAAGGAGGGCUUCCGACUGCACUGGCAGACGCACGGUGCUCCGCUCUUCGAGUGCCGGGUCUGCGGCAAGACCACCCACCAACGGGGCCAGAUGCGGGACCACAUCUGGUCACACACGAUCAGCCCCGCUGGGCAGCGUACGCGCCCGGCCUUAUCCAGCCAGUUGUGGUUCGACGGCGAUGCACCGUUCAAGUGCCCGCAGUGCCCGCAGGAGUUUGCGACGCGUGCCACGGCAUACGCCCACCUUCGAACUCACUAUGCCCCGGACUGCAAGUGCGAAUGGUGCGACUUCAUGGACCACUCCCCCCGCGCCAUCCGCCAGCAUGCCCGUACCUGCCCGCGGCGUCCGGGCGCUUCCUCCGCGGGGCCAGGGCCGACGUCUAUGGCAUCCUUGGCGUCUCCACGGGAUCGCUUCCCCGACUCACCGCCACGGCCGCCUGCGCCCACAGCCCGCCAGCCCUCACCGGAACCCCCGUCGAUCGCUCCGCCUCGCGAGCCGUCGGCGCCGCCCGCCCCCGAGUGGUGGUCCUCACACCUGGACCCCGUCAUGUGGGAUGCCGAGGACGCGCGCCGCGAACUCGACGCCCUAGCUCGCGCGGCGGGACUUCAGCCCCCCGAUGCGCCGGUGCCGGCACGCCCGAACACGACGCCCCCCUUCCCAGUGUUCGACCCGGCCGGCUCCCCGGCCACGACCUCCCGCCUCCGACCGGAGGCCUGGGCCCACGCUCUCCAGGGCUACCCCGACCCCGCCUUCGUGCACAACAUCCUCGGCAUGAUCAAGCACGGUGCGAAACUCGGCUACGACGGCCCGCUGCGCGGAUCGGACCGCCCUGUGCCGCGCAAUCACAACAUGUCCGGCGAGGCGCUCACGGCGGUACGCACUAGUGUUCGCGAAGCGUGUGCCAAAGGCUUCACGCGUCUCAAGCGCCCGGGGGAGGUCAGCGCUCAGUCUCCUGUUGGUGCUGUCCCGAAGAAGCCCUCGGGCUGGCGCAUGAUCAACGACCUCUCCUGGCCUCGGACCCAGGACCGCGUCCCGAGUUCGUCGGUAAACGAGGGCGUUCAGCUCCCCGAGCGCUGGCUGUCCUAUCAGUCCAUUGAUGGUCUGCUCGACGACCUCACCGUCGACUUCGAUGCCGACACGUGGCUUUGGAAGAUGGACCUCAAGGACGCCUACCGCCACGUUGUGGUCGACGCUGCGGACGCUGCGCUGCUUGGCUUCCACCUGGAUGGCAAGGACUAUGUUGACUGCUGCCUCAAUUUUGGGGGCAAAUCCUCCCCCUUCAUUUUCAACAUGUUCUCGGAAGCGUUGGCAUGGAUUUUGGCGUCAUUUGGCCUGCGCAACCGCCACCUCCUUGACGACUUCUUCGGCAGGUGCAAAGCAGCGCGAGGCCCGGCAAUUCUUCGGUUCCUCGAUGCCCUCUGCGGCUACCUGGGCCUCUCGGUGGCGCGUCACAAGUCCCUCACGGGACCCUGCGUGGAGAUCCUCGGUAUCAUGGUUGACGGCCCGACCGCCUCCGCGUGGCUGUCCCCCGACAAGCUCGAGAAGCUUCGCUGGAGCGUCCGCUCCGCCUUGUCUCGCGAGUCGAACGACCAGAUCUCCUUCUCCGCAGCGGAGUCGCUUGUUGGCUCCUUGACAGAUGCCACCCGCAUUGUGGCGGCAGGUCGGGCCUUCACUCGAGGCUUCUACGACUGGUUGACAGACAACAGACACAGGGGUCAUCGCGCCACCCUGCGGCUGUCCCGAGACCUGAAGUCAGACUUACGCUGGUGGAACAACCUGCUGCGCAAGUGGCCCGGCGUCCGCCUCCUCCGUCGGCCGCGAGGCUCCAUCGAGAUAUGGACGGACGCGGCUACUUCUAGUGGCCUUGGCGGACACCUGGGUCCCCCCGAGGCGGUGACGGCACGCUUCUCGGCACCUGUUCCGGACCAUCUGCGCGGGGCCAACAUCAUGGCCCUGGAGGCGGAAGCUGUCCAUGAAGCCCUCCAGCGCUGGGCCCCGGCGCACAAGGGCUUCCGUGUUGUGUGCCGUGUCGACAAUCAGGCUGUGGUGAACGCUCUCCUCACCGGCCGCAUCCGACACCGCGACACGCAGCGCGUCGUGCGCCGCAUCUUCACCCUCCUCCACGAACACCGCAUCUUCCUCCGCGUCUCCUGGAUUGCCUCCGAAGACAACGCCGUUGCUGACGCACUCUCCCGACAGGUUCUCGCACCGGUGGACAUUCGCGCCCUCCUCGGGCCCCCGCGCAAUUGGCAGGCUCUUGUCGGCGGAUCUCCCGACUUUGCCCUGUUCCUCUGGAACGGCCUCAGCCCCAGCAACCGAGCCCGCAUCGAGGGCGCGGUUCACGACUUCGCCGACUUUGCGGCAACGCGGGGCUGGACCAAACCCUACUUUCCAGCCUCCGAGCACCAGGCGGGCGAGUGGUUAGUCCACGAGGCGAAGCGUCUCCGCGCGAAGGGCCCUCUCCGUGCCACCACGCUCCGCGCACGCCUUCAGGCCCUCAAGUCGUGGCACAUCGACCUUGGCCUGGACCACUCUAGCCUGGCGUCACCCCGCCUUGCCCGCCUGAUCACGGGUGCCUGUCGCACACUCGGGGCUGCGCCCCAGCAUCGGAAGCAAGCUCUGCCCAUCACGCUCCCGCUACUCCGUCGCGUGCUGGCGGAGAUACGGCGCCGCCCCACCGACUUUGGCGGCAGGGUGGCUGCCUUAGCCUUGGACGCCGCCUUCUGCCUCGCCUUCGCCUGCUUCCUGCGUGGCGGGGAAUUCACGCGCGACACCUUCGACGCCCGCCGCCACCUCCGCCGGGGCUCGGUGAUGCUAGCCCCUGGGGCGACCGCGACCCUGCACAUACCCGCGUCCAAAACCGACCCACAUGGCGGGGGCGUUACGGUGGUUAUCCCGGAGGGCCCGCCAGACGUUUGCCCCCGGGCCAGGCUUCGACUGUGGCUCGCAGUGUCUCCCCUCCGCGGUGACAACGACCCCCUCUUCUGGCUCCCCGGCGGGCGGUUCCCCAAAUCCGCGGUCCUUGACGCCCUGAACCGCGCGCUGCGCUCCGCCGGUGUGCCGACCGACGGGUUCUCGGGCCACUCAUUUCGCCGUGGCGCCGCCACAUGGGCUGCCUCCGUGGGCACCCCGGUCGACGACAUCAUGCUGCUGGGCCGCUGGAAGUCAGCCGCCGCCCUCAAGUACAUCGACAUUACGCCCGCCGCCGUGGGCGCCUUGGGGCACCGCGUCCUCUCGGCCCCCGCCUCUCAGUCGUCGAUCCCCGCUUCGGGGGUCCCCGCCCCUGGCGACAUAUGGACCCCGCGCGUCUGA